GGCGCUACUUCCGGGUCUGCGUUGAUCGCUGCUGGUGGCGAGCAUAAGUGGUUUUGGGCAAGCCUGCGGGCGGGGCUGAGGCCCGCGCGCGGCUGGAGAUGCUGGGGGGCGGCUCUGGGGCCCGGGAGGACAAAGCCGAGGGCGCCCGGGCGGGAGCUAUAGUCUCGCCGCCCGCUAUCGACUUUCCGGCCGAGGGCUCGGAUCCCAAGUAUGAUGAAUCUGAUGUGCCAGCAGAACUCCAGGUGUUAAAAGAACCCCUACAACAGCCAACUUUCCCUUUUGCAGUUGCAAACCAGCUACUGCUUGUUUCUUUGCUGGAACACUUGAGUCAUGUUCAUGAACCAAACGUACGUCGAUCAAAACAAGUGUUUAAAUUACUCUGUGAGACCUUUAUCAAAAUGGGGCUGCUGUCUUCUUUCACCUGCAGUGAUGAGUUUAGCUCAUUGAGACUACAUCACAACAGAGCUAUUACUCAUUUAAUGAGGUCUGCCAAAGAGCGAGUUCGCCAGGAUCCUUGUGAGGAUAAUUCUUAUAUGCAGAAGAUCAGAUCCAGGGAAAUAGCCUUUGAAGCACAAACUUCACGUUACUUGAAUGAAUUUGAAGAAAUUGCCAUCUUAGGAAAAGGCGGAUAUGGAAGAGUAUACAAGGUCAGGAAUAAAUUAGAUGGCCAGCAUUAUGCAAUUAAGAAAAUUCUGAUUAAGGGUGCAACUAAGACUGACUGCAUGAAGGUACUACGGGAAGUAAAGGUGCUGGCAGGUCUUCAGCACCCUAAUAUUGUAGGCUAUCAUACUGCCUGGAUAGAACAUGUUCAUGUGGUCCAGCCCCAAGGCAGAGUUCCUAUUCAGUUGCCCUCUCUCGAAGUGCUCUCUGAUGUGGACAGGGAUCAAUAUGAUGUUAAAGACAAUGAAAGUAGCAGCUCGUCAAUUAUCUUUGCUGAGUUUACCUCAGAAAAAGAAAAACCCUUUGGAGAAUGUGACAUCGAAAAUCAGAAUAACAAAUUGGUGAACUACACCACAGAUUUAGUUAUAAGGGACAGCAAUGAACUUGAGUCAUCCAUUGAUCUCCAGGAAAAUGGCUUGGCUGAUUUGUCUGACAGAUCGAUUGUCAAACAUCAGCUGCCAGUCAGGCAUAAUUCAGACCUGGAAGGGAAUUUCACAUCCACUGAAGAGUCUUCUGAAGUAAACUUUAACUUGUUGGGACAGACAGAGGUGCAGUACCACCUGAUGUUGCAUAUCCAAAUGCAGCUGUGUGAACUGUCCCUGUUUGACUGGAUAGCCGAGAGGAACAAGCGGAACCAAGAAUGUGUGGAUGAAGCUGCCUGUCCUUAUGUUAUGGCCAGUGUUGCAACAAAAAUUUUUCAAGAAUUGGUGGAAGGUGUAUUUUACAUACAUGACAUGGGAAUUGUACACAGAGAUCUGAAGCCUAGAAAUAUUUUUCUUCAUGGUCCUGAUCAGCAAGUGAAAAUAGGAGACUUUGGCCUGGCCUGCACAGACAUCAUACAGAAGAAUUCAGAUUGGACCAAUAGAAAUGGGAAGGGAACACCAACACAUACUUCCAGAGUGGGUACUUGUCUGUACGCCUCACCUGAGCAAUUGGAAGGAUCUGAGUACGAUGCCAAGUCAGAUAUGUACAGCUUGGGUGUGAUCCUGCUUGAACUCUUUCAGCCCUUUGGGACAGAAAUGGAGCGAGCAGCAGUUUUAACAGGAGUAAGAACUGGUCACAUACCUGAAUCCCUCAGUAAAAGGUGUCCAGUACAAGCCAAGUAUAUCCAGCACUUAACUAGGAGGAAUGCAUCUCAGAGACCAUCUGCUCUUCAGCUGCUGCAGAGUGAACUUUUCCAAACUUCCGGAAAUGUUAAUCUCACCCUACAGAUGAAGAUAAUAGAGCAAGAAAAAGAAAUUGAAGAACUAAAGAAACAGCUAAGCCUUCUUUCUCAAGACAGAGGUGUUAAGGAUGACCUGCAAACCUGAGGCCACCCAAGCACCCAGGUCCCCUCCUGCCAGGCUCUGUCUCUCUUUCAAAGCGUAGCAGGCACAGGCCAGGCUCUAAGAGCCGGGUGGCUGCGUGGAAGGGAGAAAAGAAAAGAUGGCAUGUAAAAUGGGAGCUUACCUGUCUAGCCUUAAUUUAGGCUACAUCAGUAAUAUGAAAGUGGACUUACUUCUUAGAAUAAGCAACUGGAAUGUAAACUUUCAAUCUUCAGUAGGGUAUAGAUUGUAUAAUUCUUAAUUGUAUUUAGGAAACCUGUAGAAGACUUAUUAAAGAUAUAAAAGUACCCCCAGCUGCCUUUUCCUUAAGUAGCUCUUUCAUGAUCUAAGCUUGCUCUAAAUUAAUUUUUCUUUCUUUUUUUUUGUGUGUGGUUCUGGGGAUUGAACCCAGAGCCUCCUGCAUGUCAAAGGCUCUACUACUGAGCCAGAUCUCUAGCCCCUCUACCUUAAACCUGUUCUGCUCUUUCCCUCUUCUCUUUUACAGGCUUCUUUUCCUGAGUUUCCUACUUAAAUAUUUCUGCUCAGAUUCUGAAACUAAAAACUUAAGCAUCACUCAGUAAUUCCUCUUUAAAUUCUGCUUAUUGGCCAUCCAGUCCUCCUCCAGAAGGUUCUACUAUAGAAAUCCAAGGGUGCUCUCCCUUUUCCACUGCCCACGUGGAGGCCUGCAUGCCAGCUGGAUUGUCACAUUCCAGCAGGUGCUACUCUCCCCAGCCCUGUGGCACUGCUGCUGAAGCUAGUUACCAGAAAGACACCUUAUUGCAUCACUCCUUGGCUCAAAACCACCUGCUGAUUCUGGCUGCUUCUAAGGUGGAACUUCCGUUUUUCUGCACCAUCUCCAACUUACCUCUCUUCUUGCACCUCCAACUCCGCAUCAUUCUAUACACUUGCCCCAGAGAGUUUUGAAUUUGCACCUAGGUGACCUGAGGACAGCAGUACCACCUUUCCUGCCUUUGCCCUGGCCUUCAGCUUCCCCAACAGCCUACAUUCCUGAGGCAGUGAUCUGAUGUGCCUCCCACAGUUUGCAGUCCUCAUGCAUACUGCACACAGUUUUAAUGAAUUUUAAAUAAAAUGAAACCCGUAAGUUA